AUGUAUUCGCUAAAUUAUUUGAUUAUUAUCAUUAAACUAUUAGUGAUAAUGGAUGUAGAUGCAGCUCCCACUUCUACUCUAACUAAUAGUGUAAUAAACAGUGCUAAAGAUAUAAAUCAACAAUUAAUACAACUACAACAACAGCAACAACAUACCGCCGCUUUAUCUACUUCAUCAACAUCAUCGACAUCAGCAACAAAUACUUUACGCUUGCGCAAACGCCAUCGUAAACGUCAUAGUAUUUGGUCGGAUUUUUAUAAUUAUAAUGAAAAUUCUACCAUGCUGGAGUGGUCAAAUCCUUGUAACGGUGAAUAUCGCCCUAAUGUUAAGCAGCAGAGGAGACCCACUCGUAAGGAGCAGAAAAAGAUUUACAACAAUUUAAGACUCACGGCCUUAAAUGAUUUCAAUUAUUUAAAUACCAGCGAGCAACAAGAUAUUGAUAUAAGCAAUAUUGAAAUUUGGUGGCUGCACAAUGGAACUUAUAAAUUUUUGCCCAAAUUAAAAAUGAACUCAAGUAUCGCCCUUAAACGUUGGUAUCGUAAUAUGCAAACCUAUGUGGCCUCUUUUGCCUAUUUGUAUCGCAUACAAAUCAAAUAUGAUCGUUUUAAAUCGCAAAGAAAAUCCAAAACUUCUAAUGAACUCGAACAGCUAUUGCAAUCUUCUCGCACUAUGUUGUGUGAAUUAGAGACAGCGGUUAAUAAAACUUAUCCGGCCCGUAAUAAACAAAUACCUGAAAUUACCCGUUUGGAAAUGAAUAAACGUUUGAAAUUGCGCACCAAACAACGUUUCAGGGACAAUGCAAAUGUUUUGGCUGAAACCGAUUCUAUUGAUUUGAAAUUUGUAAAAUUCCACUAUUUUGAAUAUUUGAAAAGUAUGUGGCAAAUUUUAAGAAAAUUCAAUAAACGUAAAGGACAAAUAGCUCUCCAAAAUGGCUCACCUAAAAGACAACAUCAACAGCAGCAGCAACAAUUUAAUGAAGUUGAGAAAUCUUUAAACAAACAACAAACAAAACGUAAUAAGAAAAGGAAAAACUCCAAAACUAAACAUAGGUUAGCGUAAUUAUAUAGAA